GAGUUUCUGAGCAUGGAUCCAACUAUCCCAGCCUUCGAGACAGAACUCACAACACUGAAUGGAAGUAAUGAUACUCUUCCUCUAACUUGUAAUGUGAAGACCCUGACACCAGGCUUCCUGAUCUUCAUCAUUGCCCUUGGUGGGCUGGCUGGAAACAUGGUUGUACUCUGGUUCCUGGGCUUCUACAUGAAGAAGAAUGCCUUUUCUGUCUACAUCCUCAAUCUGGCUGGGGCUGACUUCCUCUUCCUUUGCUGCCAUAUUAUAGAUUCUCUGAAGGAUCUUAUCAACUUUUUACAUUCUAGUUCCAUCUUCAUCCCCUACUUCUUCAACACUGUGUCAACCUUUGCCUACAUUGCAAGUCUGAGUAUCAUAAGCACUAGCAUCAUAAGCACUGAGCAUUGCCUGUCUGUCCUGUGCCCCAUCUGGUACCACUGCUGCCACCCAAGUCACAUGUCAGUUGUCAUGUGUGCCCUGCUCUGGAUAGUGUCCCUGCUGCUGAGCAUCCUGGAGGGGAUCUACUGUGGCUUCCUGUUUAGGGACUUUAAGGAUGGUUGGUGUCAGACAUUUGAUUUCAUCACCACUGCAUGGCUAAUGUUUUUAUUCGUGAUUCUCUCUGGGUCCAGCCUGGCCCUGAUGAGCAGAAUCCUCGAUAGCUCCCAGAAGAUGCAGCUGACUAGGCUGUAUGUGACCAUUGCGCUCACAGUGUUGGUCUUCUUUCUCUAUGGUCUGCCCUACGGCAUCAGUUGGUUGCUAUUAAUCUGGAUUCACAGUUAUCUUAAUAUGUUCUUUUGUUCUCUUUAUAUUGUUGGAGUUGUCCCAUCCUGUGUUAACAGUAGUGCCAACCCCAUCAUUUACUUCUUCGUUGGCUCCUUUAGCCAGUGGGGGCAACAGCGGCGAUUUCCACGGACCAUCAAGACGGUUCUCCAGGAAGCCCUGCAGGACACUCCUGAGGUGGAUGAACCUGGAGGAAGUCUUACUCAAGAAAUCAUGAAGCUGUCAGGAACUAGUGUGGUAUAGCACUUGAGAGGCUCUGCUUUUUCAGACAGAUUUGGCUUUGGAAGCAACUUUGCCCCUAUUCCUUUUGAGAGAUUUUAUUAACUUCUCUUAGCCUUAUGCCCCUGCUCUUUAAAUUGGUAAGGUAAUAUUCCUCUUUGUGAAGAUUAAGUAAGACAAUACCUGUUAAACACUGAAUGCAAUGUCUCAAGGACUACCUUUCUCAGAGACCUCCAUCCUAUCACCGUGUGGGUGUUGCCAAUGCUGGAUUCCAUGACUGCUCCCACUUUAGAAGAAUCCCAGCUUCAGCAGAAGGCUGAAAAUAGCUCAGAAAACACCUAAAUUUCUUGGUCACUGCACUUGAUAGAGACUAAAACCAUGUUAUCUUUUAGGCAACUUUCUUUAAUCUCUUCCCUACAAUUUCAGUCUCAGUAUAAUUAAAGGGUUAAAGUUCAGUAUAGUCCAAAAAAGCUGUGCUCUUUAAAUUUGGUAGGCCUUGUGAUGUGGCCCUAGCUUAAUAAAUGUAUAUUGAAUAAACAUCUUGAUAAAGAAAUAAACUGAUGGGUUUUUAAGUCAAGCCUGUGCCAAAUCUCUUUUUAACAGAUUUUAGUCACCAUCUUAAAGUGACUUCACCAAAUUCUUGGUGUGAAGAUUGAAGAAAAAUUCCCUCUUGCUUCUGUCAGAGAAAAGGGAAAAGUAACCAUUUUAAUAUAAGUUUAGUCAGCUCUGUUCUAACAAUGGUCUUACUUCAAGGGAAAUUCUUUUACCAGAGCUUUACCAAUGUGAGUUUUUAUCAGAGUCUAUCCAA